CCCAGUCAAUUAUUCCCCAAUAACACGAUCUACGUCAUCAGAUUCUGUUGCUGGGUAGAAAAAAAAACAAAAUAAGUUGAAGUUAAAGUUGGGACAGAGUCGGUCAGUGCGGCACUUGGUGAACGUGUGCAGCUAACAUACUUUUUACACGGUAUACAUAAAUAAUGGCAACGGAAUGUGAGGUAUGGCUUAACGCAAACCCACUAGAAGAAAACCAGUGCGACUCACUUUCUGGAGAAGAGGAGACAACUAAGAAUAAUAAUGAGAUUAAUGGGAAUUGGAUAACUGCUACUCCUCCAACCAUCCAUGAAGCACGGGUAAAAGCUAAAGCAAAAAGGCGCCUAAGGAAGAAUUCUUCAAGGGACUCUGGGAAAGGAGACUCUUUGAGUGAAAAUGGAGAGAAUAUCAGGGGUCCAAUUAUUACUCCAACCAGUCCAAAGGGAAAGCUGCUGGACAGAAAAUCCCGAACAGGAAAGGGAAGAGGAUUACCAAAGAAAGGUGGUGCUGGGGGAAAAGGAGUUUGGGGACCUCCUGGUGAGGUUUAUGAUGUUGAAGAGCUGGAUGUUAAAGACCCAAAUUAUGAAGAGGACCAGGAGAAUUGUGUGUAUGAAACAGUGGUUUUACCCCUGGAUGAAGGAGAUUUUGAAAAGACUGUGACCCCUAUUGUCCAGGAAUACUUUGAACAUGGUGACACUUACGAAGUUUCGGAGCUACUGGGUGAAUUGAACUUGGGAGAACUAAAGAGUGAUGUUCCAGUGCUUGCAGUUGCACUUGCUCUGGAAGCUAAAGCCAGUCAAAGAGAGCUUACCUCUAGACUUCUGACUGACCUUUGUGGUAAGGUCUUGAGUACUGAUGAUGUUGAAAAAUCUUUUGAUAGACUUCUCAGGGAACUUCCUGAUCUAGUUUUGGACACACCUGAUGCACCACAGCUUGUGGGACAGUUCAUUGCUCGGGCAGUUGGGGAUGGCAUUCUUUCUAGAGAGUAUAUAGAAAGCUACAAAGGAAAAGUGGAUUGUGAAAAUGCAAGAGUUGCUUUAAAUAGGGCAGCAGUGCUGUUAAAAAUGACAGAAAGAGGGUUACGCAUUGAGAAUGUAUGGGGUGCAGGAGGUGGACAACGGCCUGUCAAGCAGCUUGUGAAAGAGAUUGAGCUUUUACUUAAGGAGUACUUGCUCUCUGGAGAAGUAUCUGAAGCAGAAAGAUGCUUAAGAGAACUGGAAGUGCCACACUUUCAUCAUGAAUUUGUUUAUGAGGCAGUGCUUAUGGUUCUAGAGUCCACUGGAGAGACAACAUUUCAAAUGGUGCUAAAUUUGUUGAAGUAUCUGUGGGAGUCCUCUGUAAUUACCAUGGACCAAAUGAAAAGGGGUUUUGAAAGGAUAUUCUUGGAAAUUCCUGAAAUUAACAUUGAUGCACCUCAUGCUUACUCUGUGCUGGAGCAGUUUGUGGAAAAAAGUUACUGUGCUGGAAUAAUAGACAAAAAACUCAGAGACAUCUGUCCUUGUAGGGGACGCAAAAGAUUUGUAAGUGAAGGAGAUGGAGGACGUCUUAAACAUGAAAGCUACUGAGAAAGGAGCACUGUAGCAGCCCUGUUUGUGCCAGUUUUGAUCAGUUCAUCACUUUGUUAGAAGGAUUUUAGUACACACACAUUUUUUUUUUUUUUUUAAGAAUUUAGAAUGUAUACCUUCAGAACAGGAAUCUGAAAUGGCACUUUUCUCCUUUAUUAUCAGUGGCAGAUGAAGGAAAAAGACUAAAAGCACAGAGUCAUGUUUUUGAGUAAGUAAAAACAUUGAAAGUGCCACACCCUUUAUGAUGGUCAUUCCUAGUUUUGUAUUGCAGUCUCACUGCCAUGCCUUUCCUUAGAGCAGUGUUUGCAUAUAAAUCACUGUUAGUGUACAAAGAUUUAUAAUGGCGGGGAUUUAACACUUACUAUGUAAAGACAGUUCUUCUUUUCCCAUAUUGGCUGCUAAUGUUCAUAUCCAAUGCUUAUAAGCUAUUUGUUUAAUAAGAAUUUAAAUGCAUUUGAAAGUAGAAUAACAAACAAUAAAGCUCUUGAGAUAUGUAAUGGUUUGUUCUUCAGAAAUGAUGGCUCUCAAAAUGGUGUCUGGAACAUCUAUUUUUUGUAUGUAUACAUGGUGUAAAAUGAUUCAGAGCUAUUUUUCUGAAUUGUGGCACUGUCAAAGAAAUAAACAUUUGGCAAGUAA